GACUCGUGGAUCGACCUCAUCCCCAUCGUACAGCAUGCUUUAGUUGUCGCUCAUCGAGACAAAAAUGCGAUCGGCAAAGUCCAUGGUACUAACAUCCCAUCGAGUAUCAUCAAAACUUCUAACGACGAUGCAGUACGCGAUGUACCUCACAGCAAAGGCGAUGUGAGUAUCCUCAAGUCUCCAACCGAGGCCGAAAACAAGGAAGUGUCAAUCGAAAAACUCUUGCAGCGUAUCAAUGAGAGUCCUGUUGGCGAGCAAGUCAUCGCUGCUAUCCUAGCUGCUUCUCGAAACCUGCAACCUCCUAGUUCUACUUCUGAAACACGAAGCGGACAAAGUUCAAUAGAACACACGCCUGAAGUUGGAGCUGCAUCAGUGGCAUAUACCAUUACCAACCCAGAAAACCAGCGGGCGGAUUAUAAUCGUUCAAAUGGUGACUCCGGAAGCUCGCUCGUGUCACCUUUACAUAUCCUCGCCGACGCCGUGGAAACCGAAAGACUUGCAGCUCUCCAUAUCCUAGAUCCCACUCCGGCGUUGAUACAUCCUGAUGAUCCUCUGCUGAUCAACACAAACAAUAAAUGGCUCUCUCGACAGUCCACUGAACGAUUAAUCAAGUACUUUAGUAGCUCGUUGUCCCAGAAAGACUGGCAGGUUCUAGCUUCGCAGCCAGCCAACGCUCCCCUGAGGCUUAGCUCCUUGACUUGCGAUCCGAUCAGUUCUCGCAUUAUCGACGACACCGAUGCUGAGAGAUAUUUUGACCUANUUCUUCAAAAUCCGCAAUCCGCUGACCCUAUACUCCAUUCAUCGGAAAAUGUACGGCCAUUGUCUUUCACUCUUUUCUCGGUCGUCUGUGCAUUGGGUUGUGCGAUUUCUGAUACGCAAAGAGAUCGAUUGGUAUACCCUACUCUGCUAGCUCUGGCAGAGAGCAACAUCAAAUGGUCGAUAGCAACGUCUGUCAAGUCUGUAGAGACUAUCCAAGCAAUCUUUACCAUGGAAUACUGGUCACCCGUACAUGAAACACAAAAGGAUGAUCCCUACUGGUUGCAUAUAAGCCACGUAAGAGACUGUGUUAUCAAUCUACCAUCCUGUUCUGACUUUGUGCAAUACAGNGCCAUUCUGAUAGCCAGAGAACUAGGACUUAACAGAGCCAAGGCCGUAACAGAUCUAGUUGCGACGUACAUUUCUUCCACAGCAAGCUCGGACUUCAAAGAACGGUUCUGUCGUAACAUUGAGAGGACGUGGUUUGCUGCAUUCUUCGCAGAAAAGAGCUUCGGCAUUGUUACCGGACGUGUGAUGAACGUUGGGCGAUCAGAGAUAUCAGAGUCAAUCUCUGAGUGGUGGAAGAAACCCAUGGCUUGUCCAUUUGAUCGCGUCAUCAGCGGUGUUGUCGAGAUGCCUACCCAGAUGCAAUUUCUUGAAGAGAGAGAACACAUGAACAAGACCAGAGAACUGAUAGAAGAUUGGCAGGCGCGAGGUUUCAAUGCUCUCCAAGCCCUUCGCGAAAAGCGAUGCUCUUCUAGCGGCUCGCAAGACGACUCGCCAUCAGAAGCGUACUUGCCUAUACUCGCCUACUAUAUGGACCACAGCAUUCUAGUGCUCAACGCCAACGCUCUGAGAGAUUUUGUCGCUACUAAUGCCAUCGAGUCAUUGAAGAACCCCUGCAAAAUCUCUCGCCAGACCGUCGAUGUCGCAUGCAGGUCUUUGAACCUCAUACUCUCUGAUCCGGUUCUACUCAAGCACAUGUAUGGUACUCACAACAACCAACUCAUCAUGAUUUGCCAUGCAUCCAGCGAGAUAUUAUUUGCCACCACUCGCGGAUGCCUACCACCCGAUGUCAUCAAGGCUGCAGCCACAAAGGUACGCGCCGUCACCAGACACAUGGAAACGAUCGCGCGAGGGCUGCCAAGCACGUCUGCGGCUUCUCUGUAUACCACUCUGUCCAACAUCUUUUCGCAGCAGCUGGACAAGUAUAUCUCUAGCCACCAAGCUAGUUGCGAGCCCAUGCAAGAAGUGAUACCGACGGAUUGGUGGAAUGCGCUAGGUGGCGAUAUGCUUGUAGACAUGAAUGAUCUUUUUCCUGAACAGCUGUUUCCCGAUUUGGCUGGGCAUGGAGGGUCAGAUAUAAUGCUUAGUUGA